UUUAAACUUCAUGGUUAAUCGAUACGUAGAACGUAGGAGCAAAGUUGAUAAACUUACGGAAAAAGUUUUUAAUUUCUGUACAAAGUCCUCAAACAAGAAAUUGUGUUAUUAUUACAGUAAGGAACACGGAAAGACUACAAAAAUUAUUAUAGAAACGUUCCCUGUUUAAGAUGGGUAUACCAAAGUUUUAUCGCCAUAUCAGUGAAAGAUAUCCGUGUCUCAAUGAAACGUUAAAGGAUUACCAGAUACCUGAAUUUGAUAAUUUGUAUUUAGAUGUGAAUGGUAUCAUACACGGUUGUUCUCAUCCAAACGAUAGCGAUGUUUCCUUUCGCAUCACAGAACAUGAGAUAUUUGAAAAUAUAUUUCGUUAUAUCGAAUUAUUAUUUCGCAUGAUUCAACCUCGGAAGCUGUUUUUUAUAGCAAUCGAUGGUGUAGCCCCAAGAGCAAAAAUUAAUCAACAGAGAGGCAGACGUUUCAGAUCUGCGAAAGAUGCAGAAAUUCUAGAAGCUAAAGCUAGAGCUCAGGGCAUAGAGAUAACUAAAGAGGAAAGAUUCGAUUCGAAUGCUAUAACUCCGGGGACAGAAUUUAUGGACAAAGUUAAUAAACACUUAAGGUACUUGGUCGCGUAUAAAAUUUCCACCGACAAACAAUGGCAAAAUUGCAAAGUUAUAUUGAGUGGAUCCGAGGUUCCCGGAGAAGGAGAACACAAGAUAAUGGACUAUAUUCGUUACAUGAAAGCACAACCAGAUUAUGAUAUACACACUAAACAUUGUUUAUACGGUUUAGAUGCAGAUUUAAUAAUGUUAGGCUUAUGUACUCAUGAACUACAUUUUACAUUAUUGAGAGAAGAAAUAGUAUAUGGUAAAAAACAAACAAAACUUUUAACUCCGGAGGAGACAAAAUUCUGUCUCUUUCAUUUAUCGCUUUUGAGAGAGUAUAUAAAUCAUGAGUUCUCUUCGUUGAGAGAAAAGUUACCUUUUCCUUAUGAUUUGGAAAAAAUAAUUGACGAUUGGAUUUUAAUGGGAUUCCUUGUGGGAAAUGAUUUCAUUCCAAAUUUACCAAAUUUACAUAUUACGCAUGGUGCGCUAUCAAUAUUGUACCAAGUGUACAUGGAUGUACUGCCAACGCUAGAAGGGUAUAUAAACGAGGCGGGAACAUUGAAAUUAGAUAGAUUUGAAAAAUUUAUGGAAAGACUUAGUUGUUUUGACAUAUUAAAGUUUUCGGAGCAUUAUGCUGAUCUAAAGUAUCUUGAGGGUAAAAUGGGAAGACCUCUGACUGAGACUGAUAAACCUAAUCACAAAAAAUCGGAGGGUAAUGAACAGAAUUUGUCCCCAAAAAAGAUGCAAGAUAAAGAAUUUUGUGCUUUACUUAGAGCUGCAGUCGAUAUGACGUUAGGAAAUGAGGAUGAACUAGGAGAUGACGAGUCCGAUAGCGAGACUUAUACUAUGGAAUUUAUUCAACAUAAGAGGGAUUAUUACAUAAACAAGCUAAAAUAUGAAGAUAUAAAUGAGGAUUUCCUGCGUUCUCAAGCUGAAGGAUAUGUUACAGCGCUGCAGUGGAAUCUACAUUAUUACUACAACGGAUGUUGUAGUUGGACGUGGUAUUACCCGCAUCACUAUGCACCUUAUAUUUCAGAUAUAAAGGAUUUUAAGGACUUGAAAUUCGAAUUCGAAUUUGGGGAGCCAUUUUUACCAUUUGAACAAUUACUAGCAGUAUUACCGCCUUAUAGUAAAAAGCUGCUGCCACCAGCGUUUCAAUCAUUAUUGACUGAUGAACAAUCUCCUAUAAUUGAUUAUUACCCUGUGGAGUUUGAAACCGACUUGAAUGGUAAAAGACAAGAAUGGGAAGCUGUUGUACUUAUUCCAUUUAUAGAUUCAACAAGGUUACAAGAUGCAAUGGCGCCUUACUAUGUUAAUUUAACCCCGGAAGAACAAAGAAGGAAUAAGCAUGGAUCAAUGUAUUGCUAUACCCAUUCGACGCAAAGCAUGGGACGUUACGAGGCGGUAUCUGAACAUUUUCAUGAUUUCGUUAGUACCGCGAACGUGGUGGCUAUAAAUCGCGAGGAUAUCAUUGUACCGCGAGAAAAAUUAGUUAAGGGAUUGUGCAAUGGUGUACAAGUGGAAUUACAUUUUCCCGGUUUCCCUACGCUACAGUAUAUACAGCAUACCGCCACUUUGGAAAAGGCUAAAGUGAAGGUGUUUCAACGACAAUCGACAAAAGACAGUAUGAUCUUGCACAUAACACCGCCGGCUGAGUUAGACUUAACAAAAAUAGCAUCUGAAUUGUUAGGUAAAACCGUGUUUGUAAACUGGCCUCACAUAACAGAAGCUCAAGUAACAGCGGUUGCAAAUUGUGAUACAAAGUUAAGCUUAAUUAAUCCAAAAAUGAAUUACUUUAGUGAGAAUGUGAACAGAGAAGAAAUAAAAGGUCCACUGGUUACACAGUGGAACUUGAUAAGAAAACAUAUCAAUGAAACAUAUAUGGGUCGUCUUGGAAUAGAAGUUGGAGAUAUUAAUAUAUUAGUUUAUGUACGUUCAUUAAUAGGCUACAGAUAUGUAAUUAGGCAUGGAUGGUUAUGCCUUGAAAAACAAUGGACAGACACGCAAGCAGCUCAUCCUUAUCAGACAGUAAUCAAGGAUAUUUCGGUCCAUUCGGCUCCUGUGUCACCAUGCAAGAACAUUGAGAGCGUUUUUGAAUCAGGAUGUACAUUUUUCAUGUUAGGACAACCAUACUAUGGAGCGCGGGGAGAGGUAUUGGAUCCUAGUGUAUAUAGAAAGACUGGAAGAGUAACGGUGUUUGUGCUUAUAAAGCCAGAACCAUCGUUGGAGAAGAUAAAACAGGUUCAGGCAGACCUUAGAACAAAAUACAUGCAGGGAAGUAUAGCUGCAAAACGAUUAGGAAUAAGUAGUUUGCUUUUAAGCAAAAUCACUGGGACGAUUUAUGUUAAAAAGACCCCUGACGAAUUCCAACAGGACGACACUAAAUAUAACAUAGGAUUAAAUUUAAAAUUCAAUAAAAAGAACGAAGAGAUACCUGGUUACACUAGAAAAGAGAAUGGUCAAUGGUUUUAUAGUUCCAAAGUGAUUGAUUUAAUUCGUAUGUACAUGGUAAAGUGUCCUGACUUAUUCGAACGAUUAGCACAGAAUAUAAAUAAUGAUUUCUUUCUAGAAGAGAAAUUAUUUAACAAAGACACGUGCGAAAUGAACGAUAUAAUGGCAUGGUUGAAGGAACAGCUUCAAGGAGUAGAAAACCGUGCCUGUGGGGUGGAGGCAUUGGAUCCAUCCAUAGUGAAAACUAUCGAGGAGACGAUAGAUCCCUUUCUUAAGGCACAGAAAAACAUUAAACAUAAACCUGUAGUGAUGAACGUGAAACCGCAUUUACUUUUUAAACCUGACUUACAUUUACGUAAAAUUCCACCUGAUCCAAAGGCAGAGACAUUUUUAUUGGAUCGAAUUUGUUGCAUUAAAGAGAAUUUCACUGUUCCUCUUGGUUACAAGGGUACCGUGAUUGGAAUACAAAAGAUGGAGAAUUUUAUUGAUACAAUGUACGAUGUUGUCUUUGAUAAAACAUUUAAAGAUGGACUUAGUAUAAGUGGAUGUACAGAAGGUCGGGGGUAUCGCUUAGCGCCAACUGAUUUCAUAAAUAUUAGCUACGGUGAAAGAAUGAAGCAUAGUAAAGCCGGAACACCGGAAGUGAACACAGAAUCUAUAGAUUCAUCGAAUCACGCACCCAGCCAAGCAGCUCAAUCCUGCGCAAACGCGAGCGCUUUUGCAUCCUACGAGAAACAAACUAAUUUGUCACCGACGUCGCCGAAGAUACCGUCAACAAUGAAGCCAACGUCCGAGUUUCAAGCGUUAUGGAAUGAAUUACACAAGAAACAGCCAAACAUAACUCCUCCACAAGCCCCAAUGGAUCCGAAGGUAAAACAGGUCAAUAAAGGUUUCCCGGACAGGACUCCACACGAUCCUAGCGAAUUCUUGAAGGCAAUGUUAAAAAUCUCUGAUGGGAAUACGCAGCAAAGUACACAACAGAAUACACAGUGUAGGAUACCAAAACCACCCUUGAAAAAUACUGCCAUCCAAGUAGAGAAUAAAACGUUAGAUACACCUCCGUUAGUGCAACAAUUAUUUGAUCAUGCACGACAAACUGAGAGAAUAGAAGAUGGAAAAUCAUCGAUUUGGUAUUGUCUACAAUUAGUGGAAUAUUAUCAGUUUAGGAGAGAAGGGAUGCCACGAUAUACGUAUUUGACAGAUAAAGAUACUAAUUUCAUUCGUGCACGUAUUCGUUUACCAGAUGGUAGAGUAUUCGUUGGAGAUCUUUGUGCGGAUCAUGGUGAAGCAGCAGGGAAUGUUGCAAGGAAAGUUUAUGAGGAAUUAAAAGUGGUUAAUGUGCUGGGCAAAUCUCCACGUCUACCCAUUCCACACCCCUUUGGUCCUGGUAGACAAAAUAUCAGUUGGUUACCAAAUGUAUUAAUGCCGCCGAUGGUACCCACUCCUGAUUUCUCUACAGAAUUACGACCUCCACCGUACUUUCGUCAAUCGACUCCAAAACCACAGCACAAUCAGGUUUAUCAACAGGCAGUACCAAAGCAAAUGAAUCAGUAUAAUAAACAUCAUCAGCCUCAAUCAAAAUUAAAUCAUAAUGAAGUGAAGACUGAAAUAAAAGAUCCCAGAUCGUUCGUUCCUCUCCAAGCUCAAAAGAAAAGUAGAAACAUCGCCAACAAGCAAACUGAUAAUAAGGAUACGAAUAAAUGUGCCAAAGACAAUCCUCAGUCAGUGAUGCAACAACAGAAAAAAGAAUUACCGACAAAGACGACGAAAGUUGAAGUAACGACCACUAUUAUCCCUAGUGAGAAAAAGGAACAAGCACAAAGUAAUUUGCAUAAAGUACAAAAUACACAAAAUGUAAUAAAGCCUAAAAAAUCGCGAGUCGCCGCCAAAAUUUUUACACCGUCGAAAAUACAAGAAAAUCACAGUAAUGAUACCACUUAAAACGAAGGAGCAUAUGUGAUGUGUAACGACAUAUGUAAAAAAUGUAAAACCACGUUUAUUUUUUUUUUCCUUGUUUUUUAUAUUUUUUAACGAAAGAUCGCGUAUGAAAAAUCUGUACGCAAUGACCUAACCUAACAUCACAAAACUUCAAUGAAACUUGAAAUAUCAUAGUGUAUAUAAUACUCACUUGUAAGUAUUUUUAUUUUAGAUCCUUUUGUUUAUAUAACAAUAUUGGCUCUUUAAAGUGAAAACGACUUUAAAGAAUAGGAUGAAAUAAGAAUAAACUGAUGUUUAUACAGACGUUUCAACGUUGCGUGAAAAAAAAGGCAGUAUUGUAUAACAGAUCACACAAGAAUUAUUGUUAAUGAUUUUAGUAUGUUGAUUACAAGCAUCUGUGAAAUGUAAACAUUUAAUUUAGAUUUAUUGUUUUGAUUUAUAUACAAAGAGAUGUACUGCACGGAUCAUGUAAAAAAAAAAGAAAAACAAAAUGAAUUUUGUUCACAGUAAGAAAAAAUGAACAUGUUGUAUCUGCAAAUGUUCAAAAACGUGUCGAUCAUUGAAAUAGAAUAAAAAGACGGUGUAUUAUGUAAUAUAAGUCUGUUUAUCUUCUUUCA